AUGGCCACUGCCGUCCCAAGAAUACUAACCUUUGCGGCGCCUUCGGCGCGCUUCACCACAACCACCCCCACCGUCAAACCUCACGAAUUUCUCUGCGUUUCUUUCACUCAAAGACUCAGACGGACAUGCUCAAAACGAUGCCGUAUACCCUACUUCCCUAAUUCCUCAAGCGAACGAUCGCCCCACCUCCAUAACGUGCUCUUAGCCUUCGCUUCACACGGAGAAACCACAGAGACGGAGACAGAAGAAAUAGAGCAAGAAGUUCAAGCUUCCGAGCUUCAAGAUAAUUCUGAUGGUGUAUCUGCUGUGGAAUCUGGUGAGAGUGAAGCUGAUAGUGUUGAUGCAGAGGAAUCUGCUUCAGCCAUUUUAGCUUCCUUACAGUCAUACAAAGAGGCUUUGGCAAUUAAUGAUGAGCCCAAAGUUGCUGAGAUAGAAGCUUUCUUGAAAUCCCUUGAAGAUGAGAAAAUUGACCUGGAGAGAAAAGUGGAUACUAUGUUUGAAGAACUAUCAAGUGAGAAAGAGCGGAUCCUUAGGAUUAGCGCUGAUUUUGACAACUUCAGGAAGAGAACAGAAAGAGAGCGACUUUUGCUGGUAACAAAUGCACAAGGGGAAGUCGUGGAGAAUCUUUUGCCUGUUUUAGAUAAUUUUGAGAGAGCUAAAUCCCAGAUCAAGGUGGAGACUGAGGGAGAGGAGAAAAUCAACAACAGCUAUCAGAGCAUAUAUAAGCAGUUUGUGGAGAUUUUAGGCUCACUUGGUGUUGUCCCAGUGGAGACGGUCGGGAAUGCAUUUGAUCCAAUGUAUGCUUUUGAUAUUGUAGCUUAUUGUUGCCCAUUCUAUGUAGCUGGCAUAAUAAUUCUCCUAUUUGAUCUGUGGUUCAACGCAGGAAUAGCAGAGGCUUUGUUGACAUUGAGCAGUCGACAACCAGUAUGGAGGCGGGAGACUGAAUGGAUGAUAGAGAUUAAAGAGAGUAGGUCUAGUUGGUUAGGGCUUUAUUGGAGUGUCAACUCUAAGUUGGCUCAAAACUCAGUCGAGUACUUGAUGAACAGUAUCAAAUGCUGUAUAAAGCAUGUUCAGCUGCAUGAAGCUAUUAUGCGCGAGGAUUCCACUGAAUUUGAAGAAGGCAUCAUAAUUCAGGAAUUUCGCAAGGGCUUCAAACUUGGUGACAGGUUAUUGCGUCCAUCGAUGGUGAAGGUAUCGGCUGGUCCAGGGCCUGCAAAGGCUGAAUCAUCAGGUCCAUCAGAGGAACCAGAGGGCAUCAAUGAAACCGGUGAGGACAGCAGAGAACCUGGGUCCACACAGGAGUAG